AUGGAGAAGGUAAGUAAGCAUCAAAUUGAUUUUAAAACCACGGAUAAAGAUAUUAAAAGUGAUAGUGCUGUUUACUAUAAAUGGCUUCCCUAUUUCAAAGAUAAUGAGAAUCAAAUAAAUUCUACUGUUCUGCCAUUGAAUCAAGAGAUUAACUCAAAAAAAGAAGAUGUUUCAUUCACCCCCGUAAUUUCAACAAAUGAACCAACAAUUUCAGAUUUCGUCAAUGAAUCAGAGGAAAAAUCUCCGAAACAAAAUGAAAAUGAAGAACCAGAGAAGAAAAAAGAUGUUCCAUUCAUCCCCGUAAUUUCAGUAAAUGAUCCAACAAUUACAGAUUUCGUCGCUGAAUCAAAGAAAAAACCUCCGAAAAAAAAUGAAAAUGAAGAAGCAUCGAAGAAAAAAGAAGGCAAACGUAAUGGAAAAGAAAGUGAUAAUGAAAGUGACAAGGAAGAUUGA